CUACAUGUUGACAAAUGUUUUAUUACUUAUUGUGAUACUGAUGGCAGCUAGUGCGCAUGCGCAGCUACAUCCGGGGACCGCCGGGAACUCUUCAGAAGAGCCAAUAUGGCGGAGUCCUCCUUGGGGAAUUCAAGCCCAGGGGUGUCCGUGGGAUCAGACAGUGUAGAUUUGGACCCAUCAGUAGAGAGGGUGAAUGAUUUUGAGGACGAGCGUACAGGAGAGGACGAGGAGCUGACCAGAGACACUACCUUCACUACGGAGAUAGAGGAUCUCACACGGGAGAGCGAGAUGCCGAUCCAGGAGCUCCGCAGUCUGUACGGAUAUGAGGUCUCCGGCUCUCCAGAGGAAGAGGACGAGGACGAUGAGGAGGAGGAAGAGGACGUGGAGGAGGAGGAUGAAGAUGAUGAAGUUGAGGAGGUGGAUAAUGAUGAGAGCAGUAGGAGUACUGGGGAGCUCAAACGGAACAAGGACGAAUGCGUGAAGAGUGUGUCUCAGGGUGUGGACAGUCAGAGUGGUGGUGAAGGUCGUUCUCUUUCUGCUAAAGAACUCAUCCGUCCUCAGAACUGCAGAUACUUCAACAAUAACGAAGUGGAUGAAGAGUCUGAGGAGGAUGAAGACUAUAUUCCCUCAGAGGACUGGAAGAAGGAGAUCAUGGUAGGGUCUAUGUAUCAGGCUGAAACUCCAGCUGGACUCUGUAAAUAUAAAGAGAACGAGCGAGUGUACGAGAAUGACGAUCAGCUGCUUUGGAACCCAGAGUUCCUCCCUGAGCACACAGUGGUGGAGUUUCUGACCGAGGCGUGUAAACGCACCGGGGAGGAGACCGGAGUCGAAGCCAUACCUGAGGGCUCACACAUCAAAGAUAAUGAACAGGCACUGUAUGAACUUGUAAAGUGUGACUUUGACACAGAAGAAGCUCUGAGAAGACUGAGGUUUAAUGUGAAAGCAGCCCGAGAAGAGUUGUCAGUGUGGACGGAGGAGGAAUGUAGACAUUUUGAACAGGGUCUAAAGGCUUACGGGAAAGAUUUUCACCUCAUCCAAGCUAACAAGGUGAGGACGCGGUCGGUGGGAGAGUGUGUCGCCUUUUAUUACAUGUGGAAGAAAUCUGAGCGAUACGACUUCUUCGCUCAGCAGACGCGACUCGGCAAGAGGAAGUACAACCUUCAUCCGGGAGUGACGGAUUAUAUGGAUCGACUAUUAGAUGAGACCGAGAGCGCAGCAUCAAGUCGAGCAGCCACGCCCCCUACUACCAUCGGCCAAUCAGAGAGGGAGGAGGUCUCUACCCACAAUGGUCUAAGUGUGCAUGGCUGUGUCCCAAAUGCAGACACCACCAACACUGAUGUGAAACAUGACAACCUGCAAAUAGACGGAAACGACUCGACCCGCGACUCUAUUGGCUGUGAACGCAACGGAUCACUAAAGCGUCAACAAGACAUCCAAAGUGCAGAACGGCCAUCUAAAAAAUGCAGGACAGAAUCAGAGCCACCCGUUCAUGCUGAAAUGGACUCUUCAGAGGUUAAAGAGGACUGAACUGCCGAAGCAGGACACAUCCAGGACCGCUGUCCAAACUGAAAUGGACUUUACCGAGGUUAGACAACUGAACUGCUGAAGCAGGACAGAGACAAGAUGUUUGAUCGUGCUGAAAUCCACUUUACAAAGUCGAUUUGCUGAAGCAGGACAGACUCGGAUUCCCCCAUCUAUGCCAUAAUGGACUCUUCUGAGAUAAUAGAAGACUUGUGAUGCAGGACAGAUAUAAACUCUCUGUGCUUUCCUGGGGUGUUACCAUAACAGAACUGCAGAUGGAGCAGAAACCAAAGGCCAUACCAAAUCCAGAUAAGACUGGGAUGGGGUUUAUUUUACAGAUCCUGAUUCUAGGAUUUUGUCACAAUCCAAAGUCGCCGUGGACGAGAUGCUUGUUAGCGUAGUUGGGUUUUACACAGAACAUGUCAAUUCUAUUUGUACUGGAAUUUGCCUGAUUAUUUUUUUACCGCUGAGAUAUAUUUAUAUUUUCUAAGUGAAACACUCUGCAGGUGAGCGACUGGACAGUGGAAGAGACGAGAGUGAGAGUGAGACAGGUGUCCCUUGUCAUGGCUUCGCUCUGUUUGGUUUGUACAGAUUUGUACAGAAAUCACACUUUUUGAUAAUCACUCUGUACAUGUUCCUGUUUCUGUCCUUUCACUUCCUUUAAAGAUAAAACUUCAGUUUGUGAUUUUUGAGCUGCACAAAACAACCUCAUGAUGAAAAUGAAAUUAAUCUCAGUCUCCUGA